UCCAUGUGUUGCCGAAAGUGCAUGACUUUUGUGGUAGACGUGUGAAAUGUCAUAAAGCACAAUGGCGGGUUCUCUAGAAGAAAUAUUGCAUAAAUUGUUAAUACCAAACAGUGCCGUGAUUCAAGAGGGUACGAAACAGUUGAAGAGAGCUUUGAAGGAUCCCAAUAUCGUCCCUGGACUUUUCAAUGUGCUUACUACGUCAACAAAUCCACAGAUACGGCAGUUGGCUGCAGUGCUCCUUCGAAGAAAAGUUAUUAAACAAUGGACGAAGCUUUCACCAGAAGUCAGUCAUAACUUGAAGCAGAUUCUAUUGCAAGUUCUCCUUCAGGAGCCAGAUAAGAGUGUGUGCAAUGCCGUGGCACAGCUAAUAGGAGCGAUAGCGAAACAUGAACUGGCAUCAAGAAGUGGCUGGCCAGACCUGCUGCAGUUCCUUCAGCAGCAAGCAAGAAGUCCAAAUGCUCAACACAAAGAGAUUGCAGCAUUAGUCUUGAGUUGUGUGAGCAGCUCAGCUGGGGAGCAUCUUAGAUCCAAUCUUCGCGUCACCUGUAAUCUCUUCAACACUAUGCUGCAACAUAGAGAGAGUCAACUGGUCCCACACUACACCAUCAAGGCCAUGACGUCAAUAGUCCAGUACCUAGGCUCAGAUGAUAUCGCUCAGUUCCGCCCAUUGAUACCCCAAGUUCUGGUGGUAAUUCGGCUGUUACUAGCGAGUGAUGAGGACCAGGGUUGCCAGGCAAUGGAACUAUUUGAUGAGUUGGUUGAGUGUGAGGUGUCUAUAAUUGUUCCACAUCUCAAAGCUGUUGUUGAGUUCUGCUGUGAGGUAGCAAGCAACAGCACUCUAGGUAAUAAUGCCAGAGUGAAAGCUUUAUCCUUCAUCAGCUGGCUGACAAGUCUGAAGAAAAAGGCAAUGCUGAAAUAUAAGUUAGUUGGUCCAGUCUUGAAGGUGCUGUUCCCGAUCAUGUGUAGUCCACCUGAGGAAGAUGACGAAGAUGAGGAUGAGGAUGAAUGUGGGGAGGAGGCAGAGGCUAAUACUCCAUCUUCAGUUGCUGCACAGGUGAUUGAUACGAUGGCCCUCCAUCUGCCACCUGAGAAACUGCUGCCCCCAUUGAUGCAGUUGGUCCAACCAGCCUUAAGAAGUGAGAACCAGUUUGAGAGAAAGGCUGGUCUACUUAGCCUAGCUGUACUUGCUGAAGGCUGUGCGGACUUCAUCAGGAACAAACACCUACAGCCAUUACUAGAAUGCAUCUGCAAUGGCAUCCGUGACCCUCAGCAGGCCGUACGUAACGCAGCUCUAUUCUGCCUGGGUCAGUUUGCUGAGCACCUACAGCCGGAUAUCAGCAAGUACCACGCUGAGCUGUUACCGUUACUGUUUGACUAUCUCAGCCAGGUGUCUGCUACUGCUGAUCAGAGCCCCAAGGGUGUCACUAGAAUCUAUUAUGCACUGGAAAUGUUCUGUGAAAACCUAGGAUCUGAUGAAUUGCUUCCAUAUCUGCCAACAUUAAUGGAGCGUCUCCUUGUAACAUUACAAACCUCUAGUGUGAUUCAUAUCAAAGAACUCGCAAUCAGCGCAAUUGGAGCUACAAGUAACGCUGCCAAGGAGCACAUGCUUCCCUUCUUCCAGCCGAUCAUGGAACAGUUGCGUAUCUACCUUACUACUGUGCAAACUGGGGAUGCGUUAACAUUACAAGUACAAGCUAUUGACACCUUAGGAGUCCUGGCACGCACCCUCGGAAGGGACAACUUUCUUCCUCUCGCUGAAGAAUGUCUCGUACUUGGGCUGAAGCUCAUCGAGGAGAUCAACGACCCUGACCUGCGUAGAUGCACGUACGGACUGUUUGCUUCGUUGUCGUCGGUAUUAGGGGUUGGCAUGGCAACACACCUUGAGACGAUUACCAAACUCAUGGUAGACUCGCUCAAGUCUACUGAGGGAAUUGUGGCGCAUUAUAAUGAUGAGGACAGCGGUGUCUUGUCGUUAUUUGAAGAUGAAGAGGAGGAGGAAGAUGAUGAAGGUGAUGAUGAUGAAGAUAUUGAAGGAAGCGAAGUCAAUCAACAAAAUGGAGAGGAGGAUGAGGAUAUCCAGGGGUACAGCGUUGAAAACUCUUACAUGGAGGAGAAGGAGGAUGCCUGUAACUCACUGGGUGAAAUUGCAUCAAACACAGGUGUUGCAUUCAUGCCUCAUUUAGAGACGUGUUUCUCUGAGGUUCUAAAGCUUAUUGAUUAUCCUGCUGCUAAUGUACGCAAGGCAGCCAUCACAAGCUCCGGUCAGUUAUGCUGCAGUCUCUACAAAGCUCUCCAAGACACCAACUCACAGGAGACACAAGCUCUCGCUAAAGCAGUGGAUCAGACUGUCCCCCAUUUCAUCCAUAUCGUCAACACUGAAACGGAUCGUACAGUCGUCAUGGCUACCUUAGAGACGUUGAACGAGAUGCUUGGAACGUUGCGAGCAGCCAUGGUCAGCGAGCAGGGCAACCUCAGCAGCAUAAGCAGCGCGGUCAGGAAUGUACUCCAACGGAAGACGGCGUGUCAAGAUCAAGAUGAUGAGGAGGACGAGGAUGAGGAUGGAGAUCAAGCCGAGUACGACGCUAUGCUCAUCGAGUACGCCGGUGACAUCAUCCCCUCCUUGGCCAGGGCCUUGGGAGGCGUGGCAUUCGCUCCGUACUUCGCUGGAACACUCCCUCUUUUAAUUGCGAGAACGAAGAAAUCCUGUUCCAGCGCAGAGAAGUCUUUUGCAACAGGAACGUUAUCGGAGUCCAUCGUUGGGAUGGGAGAGGCCACCCGUCCCUUCCUGCAGCAUCUACUCCCGGUGUUCCUUAACAUGGCUCAUGAUGAAGAUGAAGAGGUACGGAGCAAUGCAGUCUUUGGUCUCGGAGUGUUGGCGCAGAAUGGAGGAGAAGACGCCUUCCCACAUUUUACGAAUAUCCUACAAGCAUUGUCAUCUGUCAUGGGGCAGGAAACCAACCGACGUGUCAUCGAUAACGUAUGCGCUUCAGUAUGUCGUCUCAUCAUGACCAACCAUUCACUGGUACCCCUCGGGGAGGUUGUGCCGAUGCUGUUAAAGUUCCUACCAUUAAAGGAUGACCUCGAAGAGAAUGAUACAGUGUAUGGAUGUAUAUUGAAGCUGUACCAAUCAGGCGAUGCUACCAUCCUGCAGAGUCUGCCUAACCUACUGGCAAUACUAGCUGAUCAAUUAGAUCAACCACAACUCAAAGAAUUUAGCACAUCCUGCAUUGUGGAGGUGAUUCGUAGCUCAUGUCAACACCAGCCAGACGUCUUUAACUCCGUCCUACUCUCCCUCCCGGAGCAUCUCUCAGCGAAGCUCAACCUCGUUCUGUCCUCAACCAACAAGGUGGGCACAUGACCCCGUAAUCAUCUAAUGCACAACAAUUGUAAAAGAAUUUGCCAAGUUUUUAAUCAAGUCAUGCCAAAAAAUUGUACUGUUGUUUACAAUGAAUUGUAGAGUAAUGUGCCCCUUGCAACAAUUUCCUUUUGAAAGAGAAGAGUUAUUUUAUUAUCAAGCGCUGUGGAUGAUUUGAGUGGCUUAAUUUGAGACUUUUGGGUAGACUCUAGGUGGCAGCAGACUAACCAGGUAAAUCCACCGUCUCAGAUUUGCAAGCUCAGAUCUAGUAAACAAUGGAAAUUUAAUAUAUAUUUGGUUUGCGGUAAUACCAUGUGUGUAUCUACUUGCCAGGUAGGGUUUGU